AUGUGGACAACUGCUGAUUCUUUCAUUCCUCUAGUUACUGAGAACUGGAAUAAAAAUGUUCAUGGAUGCCCCAUGUUUAGGGUGAUCCAAAGACUGAAAUGGCUGAAGACUGAUCUUAAAGAGUUGAACAAGCAAGGUUACAGUGAGAUGGAAGUCACUCAGCAUCAAAAACACCAACAACUUUUGGAGGUACAAGGAAGAUUGCAUGCUAGCCCUGGUGAUCCUUUACUAGCCACAGAAAAGAAAAAAGUUGUUGCUGCAUACAAAACUGCCUAUGCCAACUAUAUCUCCUUCCUUCAGCAGUCAGCCAAAAUGCACUGGUUGCAGAAAGGAGAUGAGAAUUCUAGAGCUUUUCAUCAAAGUGUGAAGCAGAGAAGGAAACAGAACAAGAUUUACUCUUUCCAAUCUGAUAAUGGAUACUUCACCCCUGAUGACAUCAACAAAGUUUUGGAGGAUAUCCCUAGCAACAAAGCUCCAGGGUUAGAUGGUUACAAUAAUCACUUUUUCAAGAUAGCUUGGCCAGUUAUCCAUGAGGAUUUGUGUGCAGCCAUUAUGGACUUUUUCAAUACUGGAAAGAUCCUUAAAGAAGUCAAUGUCACUUCCAUCACUCUUGUUCCUAAAGUAAGUGUUCCAACCUUUGCUGAUGACCUACUCAUGUUUUGCAAAGGUGAUCCUAAGGUGAUUCAAUUGAUGCUAGAAGGGUUUGACACCUUCUCUAAGUCCACUGGUUUAACAGUGAAUCCCUCCAAGUCCACUAUUUACUACUGUGGUUUGAAUGAUGCUACUAAGGCUACUAUUAGUUCCUUAUCUGGUUUCCCUACUGGUUCCCUCCCUUUCAGAUAUCUAGGGGUUCCAAUUAGCCCUUGGAAGCUAAAGGGGAGUGAAUGUGACAUUAUGAUAGACAAAAUGGUGGCAAGAAUAAAAGUGUGGAGUUCAAGGAACCUCUCCUUUGCUGGCAGGGUUCAGUUGUUUGGGAACUAUGAAGAUAGCAGGCCUGGUCCUGUGGCCUGGGAUAAGCUUUGUCAGUCUAAGAAAUGUGGGGGGAUAGGCUUCAGAAACAUUGUGUUAUGGGACCAAGCUGCUAUUUGCAAACAAGGUUGGUCUAUAGCUCAGAAGAAGGACAAUCUUUGGGACAAGUGUUCUGGAAAGCUGCUCUCUUCCGAAUGGUUGACUAAAAGCAGAUACUCUAUCAAGGAGAUGUACUCUAACCUCUGUGAUGCCAAUCCUAAAGUGCACUGGCACAAACAGUUGUGGAAUAGACUCUCUGUGCCUAAACACCGGUUUAUCCUGUGGCUCUUCGUGUUGGACAGAUUGAAGAUAAAGGCUAGACUUUUCACUGUGGGGGUCUGCCUGGUGUAG